CCUUAAUUAAAAAACGAAAAAAACACAAAUCCUUCAUACGAGAGCCCCGUCCUCGUUUCCGCUUCUUCAAAUCAGAGCAGAACUCUCUCUCUCUCUCUCUCUCUCUCUCUCUGCAAUAUCAUCAUAUGCUUGUGAUGGAAAGCUCCUUCUAAAAUUUCAGUCGAUUCCACUUUCCCGAAUUUCACUUGAAGAGUCUUCAAGCUGCAACUCACCUUCACCUCUUCUUUGAAUGCAUUUGGAUUCUCUGAGAUUUCUCUCCAGACCUAAAGAAGAAAAAUCCUCACAGCUGAAUCUCAAUAGGUGAUUUCUUGCACAUAUCCCUUAGAGAUCACCUUCAGAAGAUCGAUUCCCGAUCCUACGGCCUUCUCUUUCCGCGUUGGAGAUCCGAUCUUUUAGCGACAGAGGAUUUGAAUUGCAGUUGUUUGGAACGGGAUCAAUCGACACCUUUCGAUCCGAUUUGUUGUUUGUUGAUGGUCAUCUAAGUUGGUUUGGAUUUCUAUUCGUGUCAUUCAUUUUAGCACAAGAUGGUUGCAUUUGGGAAGAAGUUGAAGGAACGGCAAAUUCCAGAAUGGCGAGGGUACUACAUUAACUACAAGUUAAUGAAGAAGAAAGUAAAGCAAUAUGCUCAACAAAUCCAAGAAGGGGUUCAAGAUCGACGCCAUGUUCUCAAAGAGUUCUCAAGAAUGCUAGAUAACCAGAUCGAAAAGACUGUCCUGUUUCUGUUAGAACAACAAGGGCUUCUUGCAAGCAGGAUAGAAAAGCUAGGAGAACGGCAUGCGCUUCUCCAGCAGCAUCCAGUUAUAUCACAGAUAUCUGAAUUACGUGAAGAAUAUAGAGCGGUGGGACAGGACCUUCUAAGGUUGCUCUUUUUUGUUGAGAUCAAUGCUAUUGGCCUGAGAAAGAUAUUAAAGAAGUUUGAUAAACGCUUUGGCUAUAGAUUCACAGAUUAUUAUGUAACCACUCGUGCAAAUCAUCCAUAUUCCCAGCUGCAGCAAGUGUUCAAGCAUGUGGGAAUAGGGGCUGUUGUUGGAGCAUUGUCUCGCAAUCUUGCAGAUCUCCAAGACCGCCAGGGAAGCUAUUGGUCAAUUUAUGAUCAGCCAUCUAUUACUCUGCAGGACCCUGUUAUUGAUUCCAUAAAAGCGGCUGUAGACAGGCUGACACACUCAACAAACUUCCUACACUUCUUAGGACAACAUGCACUCAUUAUGCAAGAAGAGUUGCCAUCUCCAGCGGAGGAUCCUAUUGAUGAACAGAAAUACCAUUUCAUGUCUCUUGCCUUGAACUUGGUGAAUACUUUCCUUUAUAUGGUUAACACGUACAUCAUCGUCCCCACGGCAGACAACUAUGCACUGAGUCUUGGAGCUGCAGCAACAGUUUGUGGUGUUAUAAUUGGGUCAAUGGCUGUUGCCCAGGUGUUUUCUUCAGUGUAUUUUAGUGCAUGGUCAAAUAAAUCAUACUUCAGACCUCUUAUUUUUAGCAGUGUAGUUCUCUUUGUGGGCAAUGUGUUGUAUGCUUUGGCCUAUGAUCUUGAUUCAAUAGCCGUUCUUCUAAUUGGUCGCCUGUUCUGUGGAUUGGGCUCUGCAAGAGCUGUUAACCGACGUUACAUCAGUGAUUGUGUACCACUUAACAUACGGAUGCAAGCUUCUGCAGCUUUUGUUACUGCUGGUGCCCUUGGGAUGGCAAUUGGUCCUGCACUUGCCAGUUUUCUUCAAACUAAUUUUAAGAUUUUCAUAAUCACAAUCAAUGCAGACACCUUACCAGGUUGGGUUAUGGCUGUGGCAUGGCUCAUCUAUUUAAUUUGGUUGUUGAUUUCUUUUAAAGAGCCUGUUCGUGACACUGAAGACAACCAUCAACCGCAGGAAGCAAAUUCUGGACCAGUACAAAGUGAGGAACUGGAAAAAGGCCUUGCACAACCUUUGCUCUUAAGUUCAGAAGAAAAGGAAACCGAUGAAGAUGAAAGCCAAGAAUGUGAUGGCAGUGAAGAAUCUUCAGAACAUUCACACAAGCCUGCUAAUUCAAUUGCAUCAGCAUAUAGAUUACUUACGCCAUCUGUUAAGGUCCAGUUACUGAUUUAUUUCAUGCUCAAAUAUGCUAUGGAGAUAUUACUUUCUGAGUCAAGCGUCAUUACCACAUACUACUUUAGCUGGUCAACGACCACUGUGGCAAUUUUCCUUGGAUGCCUUGGGAUAACAGUUCUUCCAGUAAACAUUGUUGUUGGAAGCUACAUUACCAACUUGUUUGAAGACAGGCAAAUAUUACUGGCGUCUGAAAUUAUGGUAUUAAUAGGCAUUCUCUUCAGCUUCCACGUCAUAAGCCCCUACACUGUGCCCCAAUACGUCUGCUCAGCACUCAUCACGUUUGUAUCUGCCCAAGUCCUUGAAGGUGUCAACCUAUCGCUCUUAUCUCGGGUUAUGUCAUCCAGGCUUGCCCGUGGAACCUAUAAUGGUGGACUGCUAUCAACGGAAGCUGGAACCUUGGCUCGGGUGGUGGCAGAUGGCACGAUAACAUUGGCUGGCUAUUUGGGUGAGGACAAGCUCCUGAAUGUCACCCUUCUGCCUUCUCUCUUAAUCUGCAUUGGCUCCAUUGCUGCCACCUUUCUCACCUAUAAUUCUCUCUUUUAAUAAUCCUCUGUUGUAUUGCAAUGCCCCCACCUGCAAUUCCUUCAGUUUUUUUCCCCUCCACCAUCUUAUGUUGUAUAGCAUAGAAGAAACUAGGUCAUUGAUUGACUCAUUCCUAAUUAUUUUGUAUUGGUUUCUCUAGCUUUGGUUAUGUAGUUUAGUGUAGAGCA